GUCAAUGUGGUCACCAUCAGGCAACCCAGUCUCAUUUAGGCCGGCCAAUUGAAAUCCAUGUGGUUUUCGAUCGCGUAAACAAAACGAUUCUUUGAUUGAAAUAUAGCUUUGCGGUAAUUGUAAUGGUUAAAUUACGUAAAAAAUCGAUUAAAGCAAAGCCCGCAAAUGGAGCGCGACAAUCUUUACGUGGGCUUCGGAAAGAUAAAAAUAAUAUAUCCGCAGGUGUUAAAGCGAAGAAAAUACUUCGCUCUAAAGAUUUUAAACAUAAAACACAGACGGACAGGGUCGAAGAGAUGGAAGAAGCAUAUGGCAGAAAAGUACUGGCGGAAAUGAAAAAUCGCGAUAAUGUAAAUCAUUUGUUGCCCAUAAAAAUUAAAGGGAAAGGAUUGAUCAGUCGAUCCGCUCCUAAGCGUGUGUCAAACGAACCUGAUAUAAGUGCAGCUACAGCUACCGACGAUCCAUUAGCAAAAGCUGUUACAUCCCAGGCGCCUUUAGCCGAACAAGAAGUAGUGUCAUUGACCGAUAUUCUGUUGAAACGGGAAGAGCAAGUUAGAGAAAAGCAAUUUUAUAUAGGAACAGCAUGUGCGGCAUUAUUAGAAAACCCAGAGGCAAGGAUUGAAAAUGUUAGUUCUUUGCUGGACUUAUUGAAUGAAACAACCCGCGACGGUUCUAUCAACUUCUUAGCUGUUCGUAAAACUGCUUUGAUAUCUCUGGUUGAGGUAUUUAAAGAUAUUGUCCCAGAAUAUCGCAUUGGAGUCGUUGACAAGGAACAGCAAAAGUUGAAGAAAGAUACGCUUGCUCGUGUUAACUUUGAAAAUAAGCUGCUAGCAUAUUAUAAGCAAUUAUUAAAAUACAUGGAAACUUUAAUAAGUAAUUACACCAGAAAAAUAAAAAAAUCGGAAAAACAAUCGAUUGAAACGCGCCAACUGCUGGAAAUGGCUGUGCAAUGCAUGUGCGAUUUAGUACUAGCACACCCGUAUUUCAACUAUAGUCCAAAUAUUAUACAAGUACUGGUACUAAUGUUGAACAACACAAAAGAAACCAUACGCAAAACGGUACACGCUUGCUUCAGCUCUUUAUUCAGAACGGAUACACGGUUAGAUUUAACUCAUCAUGCUGUGCGUCAUAUAAAUAUGCUGAUUAAAAAAAAACAGCGAAGUAUAUUCCCUGAGAUGAUUUCCUGUUUGAAAAACUUGCAGAUUAAUCGUAUAAACAUGAACGACGACGUGUUGUUAGAGCUCAAAAAACAAAAGCUAGAAAAGCAAAAAUCAUACGUUAUCAAUAUGUCACGAAAAGAACGGAAACGCAAAAAGAAACUUGAGGAGCUUGAAAAAGAUAUUUUCGAAACAAAGGCGGAGGAAAACAAGCAAGUCGUACGCCGCAAGCUAACUGAAAUAUCGAAGUUGACGUUCAUGAUUUACUUCAAAAUUCUAAAAUGUUAUCCUGACUCGAAAGUGCUAAGUGUGACACUGGAAGGAUUAUCUAAAUUUGCACAUACAAUCAAUAUCGAAUUUUACGCCGAUCUAGUUGAGCUAUUGAAUAAUCUUUUGGAAAAUGUCGAGUUGGGAUAUAGAGAGCAACUGCACUGCAUUCAAACGGUAUUCGUUAUACUAAGUGGACAAGGAGAAGUUCUUAACAUUGAUCCGGCAAGAUUCUAUUCCCAUUUUUACAAGAAUUUGCUCUACGUGCAUGCAGGCAAAAACCAUGAUGAUAUGGAGACCAUUCUUAAAACUUUGGACAUCAUUCUGUUCAAACGUCGUAGAAACGUAACGUAUCAUCGUUAUGUGAGCUUCGUAAAGCGUCUUUCAACGCUUUGCCUACAGGUGCUUCCCAAUGGUUCUCUUGGUCUUAUGUCGUUGAUUCGAAGCUGCAUCCAUAUGAACCAAAAACUGGAUAUCCUGCUCGAUACGGAAGCCGUUGUAGGCUCGGGUAAAUUUGAUCCAUUUAAUGACGAACCGGAAUUUGCUAAUGCCAAUUGCAGUGCAUUAUACGAAAGUAGCUGCAUGACGCGCCAUUAUCAUCCAACCGUACGCAAAAUAAUAACUAAUAUAUUAAAAAAUUCGGACACCGUGCCCAUCAAUGCCGGCAGAACACUGACCCCCGGCGAGUUUUAUACAACCUACGAUUGCUCGGAAAUGGUGUUUAAUCCAGCAAUUCCUCAUUCAACAUCUGUUAAAAAUGGUAAAAAUUAUCGCAACCUAAUUGCUACGAAAUUAUCAGAGAGACAAAAGCUAAGCCAUCCAUACAACAUAAAGGAGAUAAGAAGGAAUGCUAAUUUCAACGAUAAGUCAAAAGAAUUAUAUUACGAUUACUUUUUAGAAUACGUUAAAAAAUCUAAAGCAUGCUAAAAAUAUUGUUAAUCUAAGGCAUCUUAUCAUUGAUGUACCAUAAUAAAAGAUUUAUCUCGGUGGAUGUAAACGGAAGGUUCUGUUUUACAAAACCUUGUUUUGAGUUCUACUACUAAGAAAAUUCUAUUGUUCUGUUUUGGUGCAAUAUAUAAAUGCAAUAAUUCUAAUUUUCGUUGGUUGUGUUUUACACGCUAUUCCAAAGCUUACGGUCUUUGGACAUGGAUAUUCAUUGCGAUUAAAACAUUAUCAUGGUAGUUAUAUUGCCGUUGAAUGUUUUAAAUCAAUGAGUCCAACAGCGUUUUGAUGUUGGAAAGGUGGAAAACGAUUGUAAAGCUUUUGGACCAGCACUAUAAAAUCUGACAGGAUAUUCUCUUAUUCCUACUUGUUAGUAUUUUAAUUUUUUUUUAAUUUAAACGAACGGUCAUCAAAUUAAGCAUUUCUAAUUACUUCCGAAGGAUCACACAAAUCAGUAAGAAAAUAUAAUACAAUCAUGAAUCCCGAA